GGCCUGACAGUCGUACGAUCUUCUCAACGUCACUGCGUGGUUUCUUGCGUUUUAAAAGCAAUUACUCGAUGCACUUCGGUCGCGCGAUGAUCUCGCAUCCGCGCAGGUUCGCCGAUCGCCGUGACGCGCGUCCGCCGAGGCUGGCCGAGGAUGCGACACGGGCGUGAGAUCGCCGGCGGGCCCGAGGACGGUAUUGCUGCCCGUCCGAACUAACCUAGACGGUGUGCGGCGCGACGCUACGCGGUGGUGUGUGUCCGCGGAGACAGGCCAUAUAUCGUGUGCGAGGUAUCGCGUCAUGAAUCGGAGCGCUCGUACGCGCCGUUUCGCAGCGACGUGGAAGUGCAGCGCGCCCGUCGGCCGCGCGACCUCCCACGGAUCGCGCAGUUUAUAGGUUAUCCUCACCGACCGACCGCCGUCGCAGCGGCGACGAGAUCGCGCAGUCCUCCACGCUAUCCUCUCGCCCGGUCGCAUUCCGCGGCCUGAAAUCCCCGUCGAGGGAGCCGGCUAAGUGGGGCUCGUCACCGACGGCGUAUCGGUUUGAGAGUUUUCGUCAUGUGCCCCGCGCGGAUCGAGCCGACGGCUAUCGUGUCUCCUGAUUUUAGACAGCGAUACGAGAAAGCGAUAGUGACCGGUUUGAUGUGUUGGAGGGACUUUUGAGCCGUAUAAAGUAGCGCCAUGUGCUUGUGACUACGUAUAGGACCUUUUCGGAAAUAAUGCUUAUUAGAGCCGCCGUACACUUUUGCAUAACCUGACUGUCGAUCAAAGAUGCAAGCCAAGAAACGCUAUCUACUGUUGUUCGUAACCUGCGCGUUUCUUGGUUACUGCUACUUCGGCGGUUACCGCUUGAAAAGCGAAAAGUGGACAGGCAGAUCUCAGUUGCCUUACGAGCGAUUGCCUUCAUAUUUAAGUCUAAACGAAGAGUUCUACGACAAAGAUUUACGGACAUCCAACGGCAACCCGGCAGCUAUGUCCCAGCGUACGAGGCAUUGCCGCAUGGAGACCUGCUUCGACUUCACGCGAUGCAAGCAGGGCUUCACCGUGUACGUGUAUCCAGUCGAGGAUGUGAUAAGUCCAUUAUACCAAAAAAUAUUAAACGUUAUCACCGAGUCGCGGUAUUACACGUCGGACCCAGCCCGGGCAUGUAUAUUCGUCUUAGCCCUGGACACGUUAGAUAGGGAUCCCUUGUCCACCGAGUUUGUACACAAUCUGCCCUCCAAACUGCUGCACCUGCCGUACUGGAACAACGGCAGAAACCACUUGAUAUUCAACCUUUACUCCGGCACGUGGCCCGAUUACGCAGAGGAGUCGCUGGCCUUCGACGUUGGCUACGCGAUACUCGCCAAGGCCAGCAUGUCCAUCUUCAGACACAGACCGGACUUCGACGUGUCAAUACCGUUGUUUGGCAAGCAACACCCGGAACGGGGCGGCGAGCCCGGCCAGGCGCUGGAGAACAACUUCCCCAGCAACAAGAAGUACGUGGCAGCUUUCAAGGGCAAGCGAUACGUGCACGGUAUCGGCUCCGAAACGAGGAACGCUCUCUAUCAUUUGCACAACGGCAAAGACUUGGUGUUCGUCACCACCUGCCGACACGGCAAAGCAUGGAGGGAACUGCAGGAUGAACACUGUCAGCAAGAUAAUCAGGAGUAUGACACGUACGACUACGAGAUUCUACUGAUGAACGCUACGUUUUGCUUGGUCCCGCGUGGACGACGAUUGGGCAGCUUUCGGUUCCUAGAAGCCUUACGAGCGGGAUGUAUUCCAGUUAUCUUAAGUAACGGUUGGGCCCUUCCCUUCCACGAGCGUAUCGAUUGGACUCAGGCUGUUAUAUUUUCCGACGAAAGACUGUUACUUCAAAUUCCAGAUAUAAUGCGGUCCGUGUCCAAUGUACAAAUUCUCAGACUGCGCCAGCAGACGCAGUUCUUGUGGGAAAGAUAUUUUUCGUCCAUCGAGAAGAUCGUAUUCACCGUGUUCGAGAAUAUUCGCGAGCGCUUACCGUGGGAAGGCGCGCGGGAAAGGGUCGUCUGGAACACCAGUCCUGGUGCUCUGGCGAUCCUGCCGCAAUUCGCCGACAGCCAGCAGGAGCUCCCAUUCUCGAACAGUAACCCUGGUAACACCUUCACUGCCAUAAUCUAUUCGCAAUUGGGUUCCACCGCCGUUCUCUAUCGCCUGAUCAAAAGUCUCGCGAAGAGCAAAUAUUUAGAUAAGAUAAUACUAAUGUGGAAUUCGGACGUUCCGGUGCCAAGGAGGCCGCGUUGGCAGGGAAUUAAAGCGUCGAUCCACGUGGUGGCGGUUGACGGUAUAUCGCAGCGUUUUUAUCCUCAUCCUUUAAUCAAAACUAGUGCCAUAUUGUCUCUCGACGAAGACGCCACUCUCAACACCGACGAGGUGGACUUCGCCUUCACGGUUUGGCGCUCCUUUCCCGAUCGAAUAGUAGGCUAUCCAGCGAGAUCUCAUUAUUGGGAUGACUCGAAGCGUUCCUGGGGUUACACCAGCAAGUGGACGAACGACUACAGUAUCAUUCUCACCGGUGCCGCGUUUUACCACCGUUACUAUAAUACUCUUUACACCGAAUUAUUGAGCUCGACCCUCCACAAGACCGUCGAGCAGUCGCAGAACUGCGAGGACAUACUCAUGAACUUCCUGGUGAGUCACGUCACUCGGAGACCGCCUAUCAAAGUGACGCAGCGGAAGCUAUACAAAGACACCGCGGUGGCCGGCAUCAGGUCGCCGUGGAACGAUCCGGAUCACUUCAUACAACGGCAAACCUGCAUGAACACCUUCGUCGCGGUGUUCGGCUACAUGCCGCUGUUGCGUUCCAACAUGCGGCUGGAUCCCGUAUUGUUCAAAGACUCUGUCAGCAAUCUGCGCAAGAAGUAUAGGCAAAUUGAACUAGUUAGCAACUAGAAUUGUACACACACAUACACCCUCUCAUACACACUUUUACACAUGACGACGCUCGGUUACGCGCGCGACUAUAUUUAAUUCCUUGUGCGCGUGUGUCCGCCGACGCCAUCGCGCGAUGGACGCUGGGUCUGUUUCCCUUCAGCUGCACUACCUACUGUGUCCGCAUAUUUUUUUUGUACAUUGUUUCAGGAAGGAGUUGAGUGGGACGUGGGAGGGGGGAGGAGGGCCAGGGGAAAGAUUUGUGAGAAGGUAUAGUGAGCGUGAACAUAGAGAGAGAGAGAGAGAGAGAGAGAGAAGAACGGAAGAGAGCGGACCCACUGUCAUCGCCGAGGAAACUGCAAACGCGCGAGGGCGCGCAUGUAUAAUAUAAUAUAUAUAGUGGCUGCAUUUGCGCGUUUGCUGCGAGCUACUCUACCGCCAUACUAGGUUUACUCUCGUUGUCGUCGGGCAGUCAAAUCAAAGUCCGGUUUAUUCGGCGAGGACCGCAUGGUGAUAUUCUGCGAUUUAUUUGCGAGCAAUUUUGUACAAAUUGUAGGAAAUAGCGACGUUUCUAUUCAGACCGACCAACCUCUCGGGCCGCUACCGGGAGGUGUCCCGCGAUUCAAUCGAUGUACAUAUACACAGAUCGUUUCAUAGUUAUUAAUAAAAAAGAAAUUAUUUAACAAACACUUGGACUUUUUCAGACCGGCCAUUGAGAUCACGAUUCGAGCGAUUCGAUGACAAAAGCAGCAAAAAAGAAAAGAAGAGAAAGGAAAGAAAGGGGGAGAGAGAGAGAGAGAGAGAGAGUUUCGCGGAAUUUUUCGACGAUCGCGCGCGCAUGCGCGCGCGUGACUUCUCUCGCACACUGAUUAUCGCGCAGCUAAUGUAUCUAAGAUAAUGAAAGAAAAGAAAGAAAAUGCAAAGAGAUAUCGUUUGUAUGUAUAAUGAUAUUUUUAAUCAUAGAGAUUUGCAAAAUGUUUUUCUAUCCGAGUAAAUGUAUUCAUGUAUAACCCUUUUAGACUCGAGAAGAGAAAGAGAGAGAGAGAGAACGUGUGAGAAAUCGUUGAGAAUUCAGAAUAUAGACUUCGCCGAGCGUUCUCGGCAACGACGGCGGAAGGAAGUCGAUGUUCCAUUCUGUGAGCGAGAUUCGUUUCUAUUCAAAGCAAUCGUGAAGACGUUAAGCUUUAACACGAUCGUUAAUGUCGAUCUUUCGCCAGCUGUCGAAUCGGUUUCGUAACGUAUGAUUAUUCGCGUUGUUGAGCUUUCCUUUUUAGCAACAAUGAGAAAGGGAAAGAAAGAAUUCUUGUGAUCCGACCUCACGUGGAUCGUACAUUGAUCGUGCAUUUUGUAUCCGAUGGUGCAAAGAUUCUGUCGGUUCGUUCAGCCGUGCAUGCGAUAUUGUCGCAUACGUUGCGUCGUUUUUACUUCGCAAUCGCCUUUUACGUGUCGUCAAUCACCGUGUCAGCAAGUGCAACCUUUUUCGAAUUUACACCGUAUACAGCAUUUCUCCACUCGAAUACUGCCGAGUUCUUAGGAGAACUUCACAAAAGUAAAGAAAGACGGAGAAGAUGAGAAAUUUCCUAGCCCCCCCCCCCCAUCCGUAAAAGAGCAACAAUGUCUAGUCGUUUAUACCGAUAAACGUGCGCUGUUAUACACGACGGAGGGAGAGGCGUGUAAUGUGUUGUAAUAUAAUUCUUCGGUCGAGGAGAACUGUAAAGCAACACAGCGUUUCUGUGUUCGUCUCAUUACGCGUUUUGAUGACGAAAGCUAUCUGUAUGUGAUAUGUUUUCGAUUAUUGUGUGUUUUAUAUAAUAAUGAUUUUAUAAUAACUCAGAGGAAUAUUAAAGGAGCUCUAUAUAUAUAUAUAAUUUUUACAUACACACACACACACACACACACAUAUAUAUAUAUAUAUAUAUAUAUACAUACCCACACACAUGUACACACACAUACACACAUGUAUGUAUUUCUGCGAUUUCAGGAGAGCAUGCGCGAAUGCGUUAGAUUCGAGGAGAGCGACCGCCUUCUCCUCCUCAUCCUCUUCCUCCUCCUCUCCGCGAAGUGACCGGAAUCUUUAUUAUAUUCUUGUUACACGUAAUGUGUGUUCUUCACGAUCACCCGUUCGUUCAUUCAUUUCUCAGUAAUACGCAUUUGUAUUGUCUGUAGUCUUGAUUACGCUACUUUGGAUUCGCAUCGAUCGAUGAAUGGUUGUAAAUUAGUAUCUAUAUAUAUAUAUAUA